CCCUCUCUCCCUUCUGUCACUCGAAGAGAGUCCUGCGCGCCUUUCCCGAUCGCCGCGUCUGUAACCCGGAGGCAGCGAUGCAAAGUAGCCGGGGUCCGCCGGCGCUCAGCGUUACCGCGGAGAGCUGCAUCCCGGCUGGCCUGCGCCUGGGUCCGGUGUCCGGCACCUUCAAACUGGGCAAGUACUUGUCCGAUCGCAGGGAGCCGGGACCCAAGAAAAAGGUGCGGAUGCUGAGAGGGGAACUGGUGGACGAAGCCGGGGGCUCUGCUGUGGAGUGGAUAGGGUUAAUCCGGGCUGCCAGGCACUCGCAAGAACAGACCUUGGAAGCUAUUGCAGAUCUACCGGGCGGACAGAUUUUCUACCGGGCGCUGCGAGACGUCCAGCCGGGAGAGGAGCUGACCGUGUGGUAUUCCAGCUCGUUGGCUCAGUGGUUUGACAUCCCCACCACGGCUACUCCGACGCACGACGAGAAAGGCGAAGAGCGCUACAUCUGCUGGUACUGCUGGCGGACCUUCAAGUACCCCAACAGCCUCAAGGCGCACGUCCACUUCCACUGCGUGCUGAACAACGGCCGCAGCUUCCUGGGCUCGCCGGAGCACGCCCGGCCUUCGGACCUGUUCAGCCUGUCGCUGAAGCCCGCGGCCGCGCCGGCGUCCUUAAGGACCCACUGCGCCAGCGGCUCCCGGGAGAGCAUCAAGCGGGAAUCCUCGGGCUCACCGCCAGUGGCCAAAGCGGGCGGCGGCGGGGGGCGCAAGGCGGCGGCCAAAGAGGAGCAGGAGAGGGCCUUGGACAUGAGCGUCAGCUCGACGGGAAGGGGUCCGGGGCAGUUCCUGGGCCUGCUGGGAAGCGGCGGCAGCAACGGGCUGUCCUUCUACCCCGGGGCGAGGUCCGCCUUCAAGCCCGCCGGCCUGGCCAAAGCGAACCAGGCGGACUCUUCCCCACCGGCCUCUUCUUUCCGGGAAGAGGGCAAGGCCAGUGGCUUCAGCAAGCUCUUGGGGAGCCUCAAGCCCGGCCGCUCCAGCGGCGAAGGCCCCCUGGGCGUGGGCAGCGGCCCCCACGGCCACGCGCAGCAGCAGCACCACGCGCCCCAGCCUCACCACCAUCACCACCAUGCCAAGUGCCACGCGGCUGCCGCGCCUCCUCCCUCAGCGGCGGCAGCGGCGGGCUUGGCUUAUUCGGGGGGCGGCCGAGGCUUCCCGCUGCUCUCGCACUUCGAGGAGACGUCCGCCUUCAAGCACGUCGAGAGGGGUCUCCACGCCAGCCUGUCGCCGCCCGCCUCCGCCCGCUACCCGCCUCUCCCCAGCGGGCUCCACCUGGAGCGCUUCGCCGCAGCCCUGCCGCCCUUCGACGGGCUCAAGCCCUUCUCCGCGUCGGCGGAGUGCAGCCUCCCGCCCUUCAUGCCUUUCACCGUCUACAACGGCGAGCUGCUCUACAGCGCCCCUUACUACCCGCUCAAGCUGCACUUUGGCAACCUCCUCAAGUACCCGGAGUCCGUGUCCUAUUUCAACGGGGCCGCGGCGGCGGCUGCUGCAGCGGCUGCGGCGGCCGCGGGCCUGAACCCGUCGGAGCUGGGCUCCCUGGCCAGCAUCGACCGCGAGAUCGCCAUGCACACGCAGCAGCUGUCGGAGAUCGCGGCGGCCGAAAAGAGCCGCGGGCGCUUGGAGAGCUUGCAGCCCUCGGCGUCGUCGGGCCCGGCAGGCGGCAAGCCCAAGACGGGCCACUUGUGCCUGUAUUGCGGCAAGCUGUACUCGCGCAAGUACGGCCUGAAGAUCCACAUGCGGACUCACACCGGCUACAAGCCGCUCAAGUGCAAGGUGUGCUUGCGCCCCUUCGGGGACCCCAGCAACCUCAACAAGCACAUCCGCCUGCACGCCGAGGGCAACACGCCCUACCGCUGCGAGUUCUGCGGCAAAGUGCUGGUCCGGCGCCGGGACCUGGAGAGGCACGUCAAGUCCCGGCACCCGGGCCAGAGCUUGCCCAAGGGCGGCGCCGGCGGCGCGGAGGACAGGAACGGCGCCGACGCCGCCGGGUACGCGCGCCCGGAGCUGCAGGAGCCAAAGACUGACAACGAGAGCGACGUCGACGUCUGCUUCACGGACGAUCAGAGCGACCAAGACACGGGCGGCAGCAGCAGCGGAGGCGGAGGCGGAGGCUGCCGGGCCAAGGAGCAGCAAUAGGA